UGCACUGAAACAAUGGACGAUCCUCAGUACGAAAGAUACGCCGAUUUGUGUUACCUUAACCUGACACAUUUUAAUCAGCUUUCGAAAGUGCUCGAAACCAUUUCCCCAAAUGUCCUGUUCAUCAAUUUGGGCUGGAACGAAUUAGUGAACAUCGAAAGCACGACCUUUUCAAUGUACUCAGAUUUGGAAAAACUUGUAAUGAGCAGUAACGCCCAUUUCGAAUUCCCUGCCGAUGGAUCGCCCAUGCUGUCAUCAUCCAGUUUAACUGAUUUUGUCUGCGCACAAUGUGCAAUCGUGAAAAUCUACAAUCGAUCACUGCGUGAAUUGCCACUGCUGGAGUAUCUGGAACUGUCAAAAAACUCGAUAUCGCAGAUUGAAAAACACGCUUUCCGAAAGAACAGAUGCUUAAUAUUUUUGGACCUCAGUGGAAAUAUGUUACGCUGGAUACCAUCCACUUUGCUGACUGGACUACCGGAAAUGAAGACCAUAGAUCUUAGCUCCAACCGUGAGCUUGCUCCUGUCAGGUAUAAGCCAUUUUUGAUAAGUAACGUUCUGGAGAAACUGAAGUGCAACGAUUGUGGAUUCACCACCAUCUACGAGAACACAUUUGCCAAGUUGACAAACCUAAAGGAAAUUUAUCUUCGGGGUAAUCAAUUUUUUAUGGUUCAAGAGCCAGUAUCCUUAUGGAGAGCUAUCAAUUUGCUGUUGCAAAUUUCGAAGUUCAGGCUGCGUUCAACAGUUGACACACAGUUGAGUGAAAAUGAUCUUGAAAUUAUCUCAGGAAGGAAAUCCAAUGAGAAACCAACCAUCGUUACGACGAACCAACCAUGAGGCAACCGCCACCAACAACAACAUACCA